AGGUCCAGUGUACUGAAGGUCUUGGACUGGAAACAACUGGAAUAGAGCUUUCCUAAAAAUAGAGUGACUGUCAAUUUUAUAUGUAUUGCACACAUACUUGCACUCACGCCCCAACCCGCCCACCAAUUGGCAGUAGCGUGGAGAGCGCGCGCAUGAGAAACACGCACACCUACAAAAAAUUUUUUGCAUACACAAUCAGAUACUCUCACACCUCAGAGUGAGUUUAGAUGAGUUACAGUGUCUGUCACCUACAGACGCGCGUGUGUUUCUUGUUAAUCGCGUGCGCACUCAACCUGUGCGUAAUAUUGAUGCGGCCACUUGCAUCUCCAAUCCUUCUUGCGCGUCUGGCGAUGCGGCUGUAACGACGCGCCCCUGUGGUUCACGUGCCACUUUUCAGGGGUCUUUUGUCUGUGCAGGUUUAAUAAUCAUUGAUGUGCAUGGUUGAAUGUCAUCGCUUUGCUUUACGGACUACAGUUUCCUGCUGCUGGAUCACUCACUGAACCUGUGGUUAGAUAUGACGCAUCGGGCACAGUAGGGACGCGUCUCGGAGCAGCAGAAAGGUUUCAGACAGAAGGGACCAGCGGAUCUGGACUAAACAGGCGUCAUGUCUAACACGACGAAAAGCAAAAAGGAAAAGGAAAUCAUUACGGAGUAUGAGAGCCAAGUGAAAGAGAUACGGUCUCAGUUAGUGGAGCAGCAGAAAUGUCUGGAGCAGCAGACGGAUAUGCGGGUUCAGCUCCUCCAGGACCUGCAGGAUUUCUUCAGGAAGAAAGCCGAGAUCGAGAGCGAAUAUUCACGCAACUUGGAGAAGCUCGCCGAACGCUUCAUGGCCAAAACCCGCAGCACCAAGGACCACCAACAAUACAAGAAGGACCAGAACCUCCUUUCUCCCGUGAACUGCUGGUAUCUGCUGCUGAACCAGGUGAGGAGGGAGAGUAAGGACCACGCCACACUCAGCGACCUUUACCUCAACAACGUCAUCACGCGCUUCACGCAUGUCAGCGAGGACAACAUGCGCCUGCUCAAGAAGAGCAAAGAGAUCAUUUUCCAGCUGCAAGAAGACCUGAUGAAGAUUCUUAACGAACUCUACACGGUGAUGAAGACGUAUCACAUGUAUCACACUGAGACACUAAGUGCAGAGAAUAAGCUGAAGGAGGCAGAGAGGCAGGGCGAACGACAAGGCCGGGGCGGAGAGGCCGUCUUCAGUCUGCGCACCGAAGAUCGCCACCAACGGCGCAACGCUGCUCGCAAGAUUCAGAAGAUGAAAGAGAAGCGCCAAGCCAAGUACUCCGAGAACAAACUGAAGGUUAUGAAAGCUCGGAACGAGUAUCUGUUGACUCUGGAGGCCACGAACGCUUCUCUGUUUAAAUAUUACAUCCACGAUCUGUCGCAUUUGAUCGACUGUUGUGACCUCGGUUAUCAUGCGGGCCUGAGCCGGGCGUUGCGGACCUACUUGUCGGCUGAAUACAGCCUGGAAACCUCUCGCCACGAGGGCCUGGAUAUUUUGGAGGGGGCCGUGGAGGGGCUGGACCCCGGUAGUGACCGGCAACGCUUUAUGGAGACUCACCCCACAGCGUUCACCCCUCCUGCACGCUUCAACUUUCAGCCACACAUGGGAGACCAGGUGAGUCAAAUCACAGCACUGCCGCAGGUGCAAGCCGAACUCCUCCUCCGAUUCCAGCAGCUGCAGUCGCGCCUCUCUACACUGAAGAUCGAAAAUGAGGAGGUGAAAAAGACGUCGGAGGCCACUCUCAGCACUGUCCAGGACAUGGUGAACAUGGAGGACUACGACGUGUCCGAGAGCUUCCAGCACAGCCGCUCCACUGAGUCAGUCAAAUCCAGCGUAUCAGACACUUACCUCAGCAAACCCAGCCUGGCCAAGAGACGCGCCAACCAGCAGGAAACGGAGCUCUUCUAUUUCACAAAACUGAAGGAGUACCUGGAAGGCAGUAAUCUCAUCGCUAAACUACAAGCCAAACACGACAUGCUGAAGAGAAGCAUAGCUGAAGGAUACAGAGCAGACAUCAUGACAACCAGCCGUCGACGAAACUCCCACAGCAGGCACCAGGAUUCUGGGAAGGCCAUCCCUCUGAUUGUAGAAAGCUGUAUUCGCUUUAUUAAUCUAUACGGUCUGCAACACCAGGGUAUUUUCAGGGUUUCAGGGUCACAGGUGGAGGUCAAUGACAUCAAGAACUCUUUCGAAAGAGGCAACGAUCCCUUGACUGACGAGGAGAAUAACCAUGACAUUAACUCGGUAGCGGGCGUAUUGAAAAUGUACUUCCGCAACCUGGACAACCCGCUUUUCCCCAAGGAGAAGUUCAAUGAUCUCAUCGCCUGCGUCCGAACUGAGAAUCUGUACGAGCGUGCCCUCUCCAUCCGUAAGAUCUUGACCACAACACCGCGGCCAACACUAGUGCUCAUGAGAUACCUGUUUGCAUUCCUCAACCACUUGUCCCAGUAUAGUGACGAGAACAUGAUGGACCCUGGAAACCUGGCCAUAUGCUUCGGCCCGACUUUGAUGCCCACCCCGGACCUCCUGGACCAGGUUUCAUGUCAGGCGCACGUCAACGAGGUCAUCAAGACCAUCAUCAUUCACCAUGAAACAAUCUUCCCUGACACCAAAGAGCUGGAGGGACCUGUUUAUGAGAAGUGCAUGAGCAAUACGGAGUACUGUGAAAGUCCCUACAGUGAACCUGGAGCGUUUGAGGAGGGGGAGCAGGAUGGAGGGACGGAAACGCAGACGAGCGAGGAGGAGGGUGAGCCUGUGGAGGCGAUAGCCAAGUUUGACUAUGUGGGACGCUCUGGACGGGAACUCACCUUUAAAAAAGGCGCCACUCUGCUGCUGUUCCAGAGAGCGUCUGAGGACUGGUGGGAGGGACGGCACAACGGCAUCGACGGACUCAUACCACACCAAUACGUCACGCUGCAGGAGGAUGAGGCCAUGUCAGACACUCUGAGCCAGAAAGCAGACAGUGAGGUCAGCACCACACCUUCAGAUGAAGUGAGCUCCAGGCGAUCGCUGACGUCCCCUACUGAACCCAGAAUCCCUGAGACCUUCAUCAGCCGACACCGGAAGCGGACAGAAGCCCUCCUGCGCCGCGUCCCGGGUCGCCUAAGCGACGGUCACUGCCACGGCAAUGGGCUGGAACGUAGCUCGCCCCCCGUAACGGUAACCGUAACGGGGCAUUUCAGCCCGCGGGAGCUGUUACGUGGGAACAGCUGUGCCCUGGACAGUCCUGAGCACCACAGACGCACAGGACACAACGGCAACGUCACUGCCAGCAUCAGCAGACACGAGUCUCUGCGCAGGGAGAGAGAACGAGAGAGUCCUCCAAUACGCCAGUCACCCUCCGCGCUGCAUUGUGGGAUACCAAUUCAACGCUCCCAGACGCUGAACCCGCACACCAUGGCACAGGAUAUAGAGGAAACGAUGAGUCUGGCGUUGAACGAGCUGCGUGAGCUGGAAAGGCAGAACGGCAAAACCGCGGCUCCUGACCUGGUGCUGGACACCCUGGAGCAGGUGAAGAGCAGCCCGUCCUGCCCGUCCGGCUCCACCCCCUCCAGCUUGUCCAGCCCGUCAGAUUCCCCGAGCCCCCUCAGCCCCAUCAGCCCCCUUCCACCUCUCCCCCCGUUGCCCGGCCCUUCGUCCCGCCGCUCCAAUGACCCCGUUGCCACCUUCAAGCCCAUCGCCUCGCCCCGCAUGGGCGUGACGCUUCGCCCACCAGCCCUACGCCCCAAACCGCCCAUUCUCCCCAAAGCCAACCCUCCACCUUCCCAGCAGCCCCAAAAUCCGCCUCCGAGCUUCGGCGGCGACAAAUCCGGCACUAUGUAAGCCAAUGGGUCAAACCGAAGGAAACAGGGUUCAAGACUUGAUGAUUGCUUGAAGAACGUAAACAGGGUUAAUCUCUUAAUAAUGACAUGAUUGUAAGGCCGAUAGCUAGUUUACGUGCAGAACGGUCUGAUAGCGUUAGUCUACGAUAUUAUAUCCAUAAAUGUGUUGUCAGGGUGGUGUGUGUGUGUGUGUAUUCUCAAAGUGAAUAGGACUUUACCGUGUCUGUGUGUAGAUACAUUUACGAGGAACGCAUUCAGAGACAGCGGAGAGAGACUGCCUGUACAGGAAGUACUGUUGUUGUUUUUUUGGGAAAUGUCGUUCCAUUGAGUUGGUGCAAUGCAUUUUGAGUGCUUUGAUUUGUUAGGCCUUACCACAAGAGGGAUGCGUUCGCGCCGUCAAUAUAAGUUGCUGCUGCUUUCUUUGACGCUUCGAUUCGAGUUACAGGAGUACCGGUGCCUCUUGGGAAAACGGUUAUUUUCACUUGUUGGAAGUUGAUGGGGAAUGUAAUUUCGUUUUUUUUUUUUUUUUUUUUUUUUGAGCCACGCACCUAGCCUUUUCCGGCAACUGAAGAAAACAGAAUGUAUUCCAUGAAUGUUCCAUUUGUUUUCCACUCGGAAAAAUACCACACUAAGCCUUGAUCACCAGAUAAACCUCCCCCUGUACCGUGGAAACCAAACCCUGAAGCCUGAUUGGACGACGUGGGAGGGACGGAACUGGUAACAUUUCGAGGGCAAACGUGAACUAAGCUUUAAUGAAAUAUCCUGCUGAAACUGCAAAAGAGAUUUAAUUGCAUCUGGGGAGGAUUGUGGCAAAAAUGGCGGGAAAAUGGUGACUUCUUUCUCUAGGUCUUGCCCUCCCUCAGAUCGUCCGAGUACAAUUUCCACUGCUGCUCCUCUGACGGACCAUAAUGGUGUUCGAUCCUCGAUUUUCAACGUCUCCUGUGCUUCCAGUGUACGUGUGUUUGUAGGAUAUCGUCAACGGCAGACUCUUUGGAGCACGCUAACCAUUCAUGGCUCUCCUGUGUGUGUGUGUGCUGUAUGUGGGGGGUUUUGCAUGAUGAAUCGUGGUUAGAGUAGUGCAGAGUACUAGAUGAUGGAUAAUUCAUGCUUGUACAUGGCAACUUAAGUGUUUGUGUGUGUGUGUGUGUGUGUGUGUGUGUGUGUGUGAGUGAGUGAAAGAGUUAGAAAGAGUGCACUGCACUUGUAGACAAGAUAUUGUGGGUGGGUGUGUGUGUGUGUGAGAACAAGGGUGUUUAAUCUGGUGUGUAAAUAUGCAUGAAGGUGAGGUGAGUUGUUUUACGAAAUGAGCUGUUUAUACACUAACAAUGAUUGUUUUUCCACUUUUUUUGACUGCUGCUCUUACGUUUUUCUAUACCUGUUCUAUUUUUUUACCUACGAGGAUUCAUUUCUUACUGGUGCUCUUUCAUACGACCGCGUCCGCUUGUCGCCGUAUCCAACGCCCACCUUUUAUCCUUUUACAAGCGACGUGCAUAUCUAAGACCAUCGCCCCACCCUCCCACACACUCACACACAAACACACACACACUGUGUUCACAUGAAAGUGCCUUUCAGGAUGCAUGUUGAAUGCAGGAGCCUGGUCUGCCAAGGGUGUGUGCUCCCAUCGCUCUCUGAAGAGUCGUUCCCCAAGUUAAAUAAUAACAAUAAUAGAGCUCUUUCCAGAUAUUUAAUAACCUGAACAAAUAAUAAAUAUGUACAUUUAAUCCAUUGUGAUGUCGCACUUUCAUGUAUAGGACUGUAUUGGCAUGUAGCAUUAAAUCAUGUUCCAGUGCAUUUUAAAAUGUGUCGAAACUGAAUGUCUUUGAAAUAAAGGAAAGUUGAUAUGUCUCAAAAA